UUUCCACUCAUCACAUUUUGAGCAUUCAUCAAAAUUUUUAUAGUUUUCAACAUGAACAUCAAAUAAGUUUGGGGAAAUCGAUCCGCAUAACCUGGGAUAUGCUGAACCGAUCCAGCCAACUUUUACCCCUGACCCUAAGAUCUGUGCCACUGUGGACGAGAGCUGCGUAUAGCAUCAGCCUCCAGGGAUUCAAGACCAAUCUGACCUUGUACUCGAAGCCAACAGAGGGCUUUAGAUCACCCUUUGGGAAUCGGAAUUUAUCCUCAAAGAACUCCAAAAAGAUGGAGCUUCCCGAGGGCAUUCUGAUUGGCUUCGGCAAUCCCCUGCUGGACAUCACAACCGUAAUUGAGGACACCAUGCUCCUGGAGAAGUACGGACUGGAGGCGAAUGCGGCCAUCAUUGCCGAGGAGAAGCACGAGAGCCUGUUCGAGGAGCUGGACAACAUGGAGAAUGUGCAGUACUCGGCCGGAGGCGCCUGCCAGAACUCCAUGCGCGUCUUCCAGUGGAUCGUGGGGACUCCCUACAGGUGUGCCUUCUUUGGGGCGGUGGGCAAGGACAAGUUUGCCGAGCGGAUAGUGAAGAGAGCGAAUGCGGAUGGCGUGGAGACCCACUACCAAGUGAAGGAAGAGAUGCCAACAGGCACCUGUGCGGUGAUCGUCAGUGGUCAGAACCGUUCGCUGGUGGCCAAUCUGGGUGCGGCGGCUCUCUUCACCGAGGACUGGAUGAACGAAGAGGAGAACUGUUGUGUGGUGGACCGCGCCUCUUACUUCUACAUUACGGGCUUCUUCCUGGCCGUCAGUCCGGACACCGUGUUCCGCAUGGCCAAGCUCUCCAGCGAGACGAAUCGCACCCUAAUCCUCAACCUGAGCGCCGUGUUCGUGCUGCAGAUGCAGAAGGAGCAGCUGGACAACAUAAUGCCCUACGUGGACAUCGUCAUUGGCAACAAGGAGGAGAUCCUUGCCUUUGCGGACACCCACCUCUGGAACACCAAGGACAUCUUCGAGAUUGGAAAGCAAAUGCAGAGCCUGCCCAAGGAGAACGGCAGGCCGCGUAUGGUCAUGAUCACGGAUGCCGUGUGUCCAGUGCUUUGCUUCCAGGAGAAUGACAAGAUCCUCGAGUACCCCGUGCCGAAGGUGGACAAAAAAAAGAUCGUGGACACCAAUGGCUGCGGCGAUGCCUUUGUGGGUGGCUUUCUCUCGCAGCUCGUCCAGAAGAUGCCUCUCGACUACUGCAUCCGCACGGGGAUUUUCGCCUCCCAGCAGAUAAUCGGCGUGCUUGGGGUUACUCUCGACAAGCUACCGAAAUUCAACGAGAAGUGCAUAUAGGAUUGGGUUCUGGGUAUCUCAGAGUUUCGCCUUUCCUCUUGCUUACCCGGCUCAACCAAAUUUUAGUUUCAGUUCCAAAUAAAUUGCCAAGUUAAACGAGCAAAA